AUGGACGAGUCCUUCCACACCCGCAGCGAUCUUGUCAAGCAUUGUGUCGCGUCCCUCUUCAUCACCCUCGCCGGCUACGCCGCGCUCUCGCAGCAGGCUGCGCUCGCACGCGUCGCCGGCGCGGUGGGAUGCGCAGCAGCAGCGGGCGCGGUAAAGGAGGCUGCCGAUGCUUCCAACCUGUGGCCGUGGUGCCCGUACGUGUCUUGUGCGGCCGACACGCUCGACCUGAUUGCGGACGCCGUCGGGAUCUGGCUCGCGUGCGCUCUUCUUCUGAUCUGGCGCCUCUUCUCCGCUCGACACGGCCGGACGUACCUCGCAAUCGCGCCGGCAGUCGACACGGGCGCCGUUCGAGGCUGGUCGUCCUGGUCGCUCUGCACCGUCAAAGGGCGGCCGGGCUACGGCCCCGAGUGGCUGACGGCCUCCAACGUCGACGCGCAGUCCGCGGCGCUCGCGCGCACCCUCCAGCCGCACGGCUUUGACCACCCGCACGGCUUUGACCACACUCGCUCGCUCCUCGGCCCGACGCCGGUGGACGUAGACUCGCUCUGGGCGGCCGACGCGGCGCACCACGUCGAUCUGCACGGACGGUUUGGAAACGCGUUUGCCCUCAACUGGAGCAGCCCGUGCGCAGCGGCGUACGUGCGCAGCGUGGCGCACCAGUUCUCGGCCGAGCUCCGCGCGGACCUGCUCAAGCUCGACGCCGUCUCGCCGGGGAGCGAGUGGCACGGCGACAACGCGCGGUUCGUCGCGGCGCUCUCCCGCGCGCUCGAGGCGACCGGCCGAGCAGUCUGGGUCUCCCUCUCCUGGUCCAUCGACCCCGCCUCCGCCGCCGCGUUUGUGCCCUUUGCCAACAGCUGGCGCACUUCGGACGACGUCGAGUGCUACUGCGACGUCCUCGAGCGGUGGCCCGCCGUGCGGCGCCGGUUCGCGCAGGCGCGGCCUUGGCUCCGCUACUCGUGCGAGGCGGGCGGCAGCGAUCGCGCGUGCGAUGCGUCGCGCGGCCGGCCGGAUCUCGACUCGCUCGACGUGGGCAACGGCGCGCUGGACGGGGUGAGUGACGAGGAGCGCAAGUCUGCGGCGUCCCUCUGGGCCUUGAUCGGAGGGCCGCUGGUAACCGGCAGCGACCUGACCCGCCUCACGCCGUCUGGGUUGGCGCUGCUGACGCACGGCGGCUUCCUCGCUGUCCACCGCGCCGCGGGCGAUCGCACGGCGGUUCCCGACGAGCAGAGCUGCGCCGGCGGAGGGGAGUGCUGGCGGCUGCGCCUCCCCGACGGCUCCGACGUGUGGGGCCUCUUCAACCUCCGCGACGAAACGGCGCGGGUCGGCUUCGCCGCCGCCGCCCCCUUCACCGCGCGAGACCUUUGGAGCGGCGCCGGCCUCGGCCCGCCGGCCGCCGGCUUCAACGCGUCGCUGCCCGCGCACGGCUGCAUACUGCUCCAGGCACGGCCCGUCGCGGGGGGCGGCGCCGCCUCUUGGUUGUACACCCCCGCUCCCGAAAGCACUCGUCAGUGAGACGUCGACUUCGAUCGUCCGGCUCGUACGAGAGUGCGUGUACAGAGAAAAGCCCUACCGUGUGACCGCGCGUGUCUCGGCGCAUUGCCACUGGUUAGAGAGACUUAGUCUUAGAGCCGUACGGGUGUGGACCGUGAGAGUGAGUUGCACGUACAGGGGGGUUGUGCGCCUUGUCGCUUGUGCGCUGGGUCUCUCAGUCUCACGCUCGGUGUAAAAAAGAAGACGACGUCCC